AUGCUUGUUGCGUCGAUUUUCAAGGUGUUUUAUUGGUUCGGUGCAUAUUAUUCGUUUCCGUUACUCUUACAGGCGAUGAUGAUGAUCGGAGUACAAAUACUGCUGCUGAAGGUUGCCCUUGACCAUCGACCCCAAUCUCCGGUUGACCAUAAACCAUUUUCCGGGCAGCUUCCCGGAGGCCAUUCCGAACUUAGAAGGCCGUAUGACUUUUGGCAGUGGAAAGCGACCAGACCUUACUGGACCUUCCUCGCUUACCUUGGCCUCUCGCUUUUCCUCAUCCAUGUCCUGAUUCCCCCAAUCUCGAAUUCGGAAUUCUACAUCACACUGCUAGGUUUCGCCGGCCUAGGUGUCGAAGCUUUCCUUCCCGUCCCCCAAGUCCUCGCCAACCAGAGAUCGAAAUCAUGCAAAGGUUUCCGCCUUUCUGUUCUCACAGCCUGGUUACUUGGAGAUGCAAUGAAAUUGAGUUAUUUCUUUUAUAACGGCUCUUCGGUUCCUUGGGCAUUCCGAGUUUGCGGGAUGUUACAGUGCGUUUGUGAUUGCUACUUGGGUGUACAAUAUUGGAUGUUUGGUCAUGGGCAACUCAGCCGAGUUGAGAAGGCAUCUGCUGCUAAUUCUGGUGAUGGUGUUGAUGGCUGGGGCUUGAAAGAUAUAGAUGUGCGAUUGUCAUGA